UCUUUAGCGAGUGUUGUGUUUCCGACAGUCGCCCAUCCAUCACCUUUCGCCAAUCGCUUUCUGUGCGAGUGCGAUUCCAAUUCUACCACCAUGUCUUCCACCAAGAAGCACUCCCGGAGCGAGGGCGAGGAGAAGGAUGCCCGUCUCGCCAAGAAGGUCAAGACCGACGAGACCCCCGUCGACGGCGAGGUGAAGAAGGAGAAGAAGGACAAGAAGGAAAAGAAAGACAAGAAGGAGAAGAAGGAUAAGAAGUCCAAGAAGGAAAAGAAGGACCAGGACCAAUCACCAGCCACCGAGUCCACCGAGGAUGUCUCCAUGCCCGAUGCCGCCGCCGAGCCCGUAGCCGACAAGAAGGAGAAGAAGGAAAAGAAGGACAAGAAGGAGAAAAAGGAUAAGAAGGAGAAGAAGGCCAAGAAGUCUGACGAGUCUACGACCGAGGAGUCAACCAGCGCUUCCAAGACCACCACCAACGGCACCACCACUCCCGCCGCCUCUACCAACGGCGCCUACACCUACAAGCAGGCCGACGCCCUCAGCGCUCUCCCCGAGUCCGAGAUUGAGACCUUCCUCAAGGAGAAGGAGAUUGUCAUCAAGGAUCCUUCCUCCAGCAACCUCCGCCCCAUCAUGAACUUCUCCCAGCUCCCUCAGUCCAACCUCAUCUCCAAGAACCCCUUCGCAGCCUACACGAACCCGACCCCCAUCCAGGCCGCUUCCUGGCCCUUCUCGCUCUCCGGCCGCGACGUCAUUGGUAUCGCCGAGACCGGUUCCGGCAAGACCAUGGCCUUCUCCCUGCCCUGCGUCGAGUCGCUGGCCUCGCGCCCCAAGCCCAAGUUCAACAGCCGCGACCGCACCGCCCACCCCCGCGCCGUCAUCGUCUCGCCCACCCGCGAACUCGCCAUGCAGACCCACGCCGCCCUUUCCGGCCUCGCCUCCCUGGUCGGUCUGUCGGCCGUGUGCAUCUUUGGUGGCUCCGACAAGAACGAGCAGCGCAACCUCCUCUACAAGAACAACGGUGUCGACAUCAUCACCGCCACCCCCGGCCGUCUCAAGGAUUUCUUGUCCGAGGGCUCCAUCUCGCUGGCCAACGUCAGCUUCGCCGUGCUCGACGAGGCUGACCGCAUGCUCGACCGCGGUUUCUCCGAGGACAUCAAACUUAUUCUGAGCGGAUGCCCGCCCAAGGAGCAGCGCCAGACGCUCAUGUUCACGGCCACUUGGCCCCUGGACAUCCAGAAGCUCGCCGAAAGCUACAUGAUCAACCCCGCCCAGGUCACCAUCGGCCACAGGACACGUGCCGGUGGCGAUGGUGAGGGUAACGGAAACAUCGAGCUGCAGGCCAACAGCCGUAUCGAGCAGAAGGUUGAGGUUGUCGACCCCCGCGGCAAGGAGUUCAGGUUGUACGAGCUCCUUAAGGAGGCUCAGAAGGGCAGCCAGAAGGACGACAGGAUAUUGGUUUUCUGCCUGUACAAGAAGGAGGCCGUUCGCGUUGAACAGUUCCUUUCUCGCAAGGGCAUCAAGGUGGCUAGCAUUCACGGUGACUUGAGGCAGGAUCAGCGCACGCGCAGUUUGGAGGCGUUCAAGUCUGGUACUACUACCGUGUUGGUUGCCACUGAUGUUGCUGCCCGUGGUCUGGAUAUCCCCGAGGUCAAGCUCGUCAUCAACGUUACUUUCCCCUUGACCAUCGAGGACUACGUCCACCGUAUCGGUCGUACUGGCCGUGCCGGCAAGCUGGGCAAGGCCAUUACUCUCUUUACCGAGCACGACAAGGCCCACUCCGGAUCCCUCGUCAACAUCCUCAGAGCCGCCAAGCAGCCUGUACCCGAGGAGCUCCUCAAGUUCGGCACCACCGUUAAGAAGAAGGCCCACGACGCUUAUGGCUCUUUCUACAAGGACAUUGACCCGAACAAGAAGGCGACCAAGAUCACGUUCGAUUAAAGGAGGGAGGAUGAAGAUGAUGUAGAUACCACCACCAUGCCACAUGUUGUGUAAACAUUGGAGCCAUUUCUGUUAUUCUUUCGGAACAAAAAUUUCAUUGGGC